GGAUUUUCAGAGACUUGAUCAUCUGAGAUCGAUAUAUUUGAGUAGAAAAACAACACUUUUCAAAACAUAAGCCAGCAAUCCAAGCCAAAUCCGCAAUGUUUGAGGAGAACAAUAACCCUACCACCGAUAAUUCGCUGUGGACACUCCAGGGUCGUCAAAGACCGAGUCCCGCCCAAAGGUUACACAAUCUCACCUCCGGCGGCUCAACGACCUCAUCCUCCGGCCUACCGCUACCGCAGAAUAUCUUCACGAAUCCAGCUAUCCAGCCGUCCAGCGUUAUAAACCUCAACCACUCCACCGACGUGGUAAUCGGUCCCAUGACCCAAUACCAGGGACCGGUAUCCAUAUACUAUAUGGAUUAUAUGGAGGCACACGCCAUGCAAACGGCCGCAGGAAUCAACAGCAACAAUGCAAAUGGUAAUGGCAACGCCAAUCGAAAUCGUGAUAAGUCGCCAUCCAGGCGGGUCACCCGGAACACCAUCCUGCUGAUCACGCUGAUCCUGCUGGUCCUGGCCACCGGAUUGGUUGUGCUCUACGUGGAACUCAAUCGACCCAAGCCCGAGUUGCCCAGUAAUAAAGCCAUCUACUUUGGCAACAACUACGACCACCAAACGUUUCCGAAUCUAGGAAACGGCCAUCUCGUCGUCGACAGAAAGCAGUGGGGAGCCUCGAAGACCUCUCAUGGUCUGACCAUUCCCCUGAAGCGACCCAUUCCUUACGUCCUUAUCACCCACAUUGGAGUGCAGUCCCAGCCCUGCGAGAACAUCUACAAGUGCUCCAUCAAGAUGCGCACCAUUCAGGAUUCAGCCAUUGCUGAGAAGAGUCUGCCGGACAUUCAAUCUAACUUUUAUGUUUCGGAGGAGGGCAACAUCUACGUAGGCCGCGGCUGGGACUGGGCCAACACGUAUGCGAACCAGACAUUGGCCAUUACCUUUAUGGGCGACUACGGACGGUAUAAGCCCGGUCCCAAACAGCUGGAAGGUGUCCAAUUUCUGCUGGCCCAUGCAGUGGCCAAUCGAAAUAUUGAAGUGGACUACAAGCUAGUGGCGCAAAAUCAGACUAAGGUGACCAAGAGCCCGGGUGCAUAUGUCUAUCAAGAAAUCCGGAACUGGCCGCACUUCUACGGCUGCGGCAUGGACGAAGCACCGGCAUGCGGCAUCGAAUUGGGCAUGAAAACGGAAUCGUGGGACGCCAAGCAGUAGCUACAGACUUUCCUACCACCUAAGUGUAUCCAAGCACAAAUUGUAUUUAAUACAUAUACUAAGGCGAA